UUUAAAGCUAGACUGCCAAUGAAGUAUAGAAUUUUGUUAUUUUAUUUAAAUCUUUUUUUUUAAUUCUUAAAAUAAUUAAAUUUAUCAUUACUCAAACUGACUUCAACGUUUCGUACUUUGCGGUUUUUAGAAUAUCCGCUUUCCCAAGUCGGGCACAUUCUAUUUAUUUUUUUGUACAAACAAACACUUAUGAUUUUAAACAUCAAUUGUUUCUAUUAAAUGUUAAAUUUAUAAUGUUCAAUACAUUUUAAUCUCAUCAGCUCUUCGGAAUAUCAAGUAUAUUUCUGUACAACUGUAUGUUCCAACUAUAAUAAUGACAUCGUCAGAAGAUGUGCUCCUUCAAGUGGGGCCAGUACGGCAUAAGAAGGGUGAUGGGACAUUAUAUGUUAUGAGUCAACAUGUUGCAUUUAUUCUUAAUUCUAGCGAUACUGUUGCUAUUAGCCACCAUUAUAGAGAUAUUAAAAUGCAAAAAAUAUCGUCAGAGUUCAAAAACAAAGUUCAAUUACAGUUGGUCUUUCAUGAUGAAACAAUUUCACUAUUUCAAUUUACCAACUCAGAGAGGAGUGAAGCAAUGCGUGAUAGAAAUCGAGUUAAAGACUUAAUACAACAAUUACUGCCAAAAUAUCAAAAACAGGCAAACAAAGAAUUUGGUGAAAAAAGCCGUAUUCUCGGUGAAAAUCGCAUGCUCUUUCAAUUAUAUCAAGACCUAGUCAUUACUCAUGUUAUAACAUCUGAAGAAUUUUGGUCACAACAUGUCCCUUACCAUUUAGCUACUCAAUCCAAAGUAAUUACUCAAAAAACCGGUGUACCUAAUAAUUUUCUUACCAAUGUUACAGUCAAAAGUGAUGGUACAAAAAAAUUCAAUUUAUCUAAUGAUACCAUACAAUGUAUCUUUAAAACAUAUCCAGCAGUUCGACAAAAGCAUAUAGAGUAUGUACCACAUCAAUUAACAGAAUCAGAAUUUUGGCAAAAGUUCCUAGAAUCACAUUAUUUUCAUAAAGAUCGUAUUACUACAGGAAGUACAAAAGAUUUAUUUAAUGACUGUGCCAAACUGGACGAUAAUUUAUUUAAAAAUGAAAUUAAAGAUUUGUCUAAAAAGAAUACAGAUUGUUAUGUUGGAUCAAUCGAAGAUGAUGGAUCUGAUGAUAAUAUAAAUUCUAUAUCUGAAGAAAAAUCUUCAAUGGCAAAUAUUGUGCAUGAAAAUAUUAUUAAACGGUUUAAUCAACAUUCAAUGAUGGUUCUUAAAACAUGUGAAAAAUCUAAUUUAAAUUCUAUACCUAAUGGAAAUGAUUUAAAAGUACCAUCUAAUUCAUCUCUUACAAAUGGCAUACAAGAUAUUACAUUAAAGAGAUUAAGAAUUCAAGAAAAAAAUGAUUUUGAAGAUCUAAAUCCAGAAACAGAAACUUUGGAUAUUAAUCAAAAGAAAUUGAAAUUAUCUAGAGUAGAAAGUUAUGUAAAUUGUUUAACAAGAGAACAUAAACAUGAUAAUACUGCAUCCAAACUUUCUAAAGCAAGGGAAAUACAGAAGAGUAUUAUUUAUGAUGUUUAUGAAUGGAGCAAGUCAACUUCUAAUCAAGUUAUUGAACCUAGUGCAGCUGUUAAUACUCUUGGUUUACUUACACCAGGAGGAAGUUUAAUGAAAGGAAUCAGUGAUGAAUCUGCUUCAUUAGCGCAGUUAGUACCUGUUACAGUUGAAAAAGAUUUGCGACAGUUGUAUGUUUCUUUAGGAGAACUAUUAAGACAUUUUUGGUCAUGUUUUCCUGUCACAACACCCGCAUUAGAAGAAAAGUUGAUAAAAACACAUGAUUCCUUGCAAAAAUUUCAAAACGCUAAAAUCAAGCCUUUUGAAGACCAAAUAAUUAUUAAUCAUGGUCAAUUGAAUCAACUUACUAAUCAUUUAAAUUUAAUGUUACAUACUGCCUACAAUAAAUUUUCUGUUUGGCAUUCUAGAAGAAAAAUACCUAAUAUUCUUUGACGAGCAGUUCAUCAUAUAU